AUGGUGCCAACACAUAUCAAGCAUAGCUUUGACACAAUUAGCAGCCUGAAACUAGGAGAUGUAAUCUUCCUAACAUGGAUCAAGAAAGUUGGUCUCUUAGCAUAUGAUGAUGGAGAUGUUGGUUGCUUGAGAUGUGGCCUUGUUAUGUGUGAAGUGCUUGAAGCUUUGGCUGAGUUUCUUGGGAGGUAUCAAGUUAGAGGAGCCCAUGUCCAAAAACCGAUUGGUCACACUACUAGAAAAGAGAGAGAUGUUUGCAAGGCUGUGUUAGAGCGGCUAAUUGCCCAUCACAGGACAGCGGACCAUUUGAAGCCAUACCAGCGUCUUUCGUGUUUUAUUUCCUACUCAAAAUUUGCUUCAUAUUCGGACUUCAGUUCCUACCCAUGUAACCGUAAGUCUUAUAAACUAUAA